CCAAUAAUCGCAAUGCAGCCACAUCGGGUCUUCAGCCUUGUGAUUCCGAUGAUGAUUUCAUUGAUUCCACCUUACCAUCGAUAGCUGCACGGCAGGCUGCCAGUGAUUGAACUGGAAAUUCGAUUAGUGCAUCACAAAAACAUUAUCCUCUGUUUUUCCUAUUUACUGAAGUUCUUUAUCCACAGCUUUCCGUUUCACAUACCUCGAUCUACCAGAAUCAUUCCACCAUAGCUCUGAAGAGCUCUGACAUCGCACGACUUCUACACGAGCAUCACGAUGUCGGCCUCAAAGAAGCUUGUUGUUUGCGGAGGAACCGGUUUCUUGGGCUCUCGUAUUUGCAAAUAUGCUGUAGCUCGAGGAUGGGAUGUAACCUCCAUCAGAGACGAACUCAUCUUGUUGCACAGCCGUUCCGGUGACCCUCGGUGGGACACUAUCAGCGCCUCGGCUACACCUCCGUCUUGGGCACAUAAAGUGAGCUGGGAGCGUGGUGAUAUUCUUCGUCCGGCUACGUAUGCUCCAUUACUCAAUGGCGCUGACUUCGUGGUACACAGCAUGGGCAUCCUCCUAGAGGCUGAUUACAAGGGUGCCAUAUCAGGCAAGGAGUCCCCCAUUGCUGGUCUCCAGAAAGCUUUUGCUCCAGUUCGUGAUCGAGGUGUGGACCCUUUGGCUAAAGGACAAGGCGAGGACAUCAAGCCUCCAAACCCCAAGGAUCAAUUCACAUAUGAGAUUAUGAACCGCGACAGUGCAGUCACAUUGGCUAAGCACGCGGUUGCUGCUAAAGUGAACGCAUUCUGCUACAUCUCUGCUGCAGCAGGUGCUCCUGUUCUCCCUCAACGAUACAUCUCAACCAAGCGAGAGGCCGAGAUCACCAUUGCCAGCAAGUUCCCAGAACUCAGAGGUCUUUUCAUCCGCCCUUCUUUCAUGUUUGAUAGUUCACGCCCGGUGACAAUGCCUCUGGCUGCAAUGGUUGGCCUUGGCACAGCCUUCAACGGUCUUACAGGCAACUACUUUAAGACUUUCAUUGGUGCGGCGGGAGUCAAGCCUCUGAAGGUUGAGACUGUGGCGGAGGCGGUGGUUGAGGCCCUGGGCGAUGAGACCAUCAAGGGUGCCAUCGACGUGCCAGAGAUUGAGGAGUUGGCGAGCAAAGCCUGGAGAAAAACCAUGCUGUAG